AAAAGUCUUGUGGGCAAGGUCGCUGCACCGCGUGUUGUGUGCACGACUCUGAGACGACUUGUUCUCCUCGGCGAGUAAUGGGUUGGGUGGGCUCGCGUCAUUUUUUCCAGACUUGAAUGGUCAACUUACAAUAAAAAGAAGGCAUGACCAAAUACCAAAGUAUGAUGUGGAAACACAUGACAGGAAGAAUCCCAGAAGCUCACCUUCGGCUCCUCAUUCCUUUUUCUCUCCUUUCUAUAUUUAUAUCUAUAUAUGGAGCCCGUGGAAGAUAAUAAACUGAGAUCAAUAUAAGAGAUCUAAUAAGAUUUGCACCAUAUUAGAUAGAUAGAUAGAUACACAGAGAGAGAGAUGGGAAGGUCAGAGAUGGAUGGCAGGUGCAGGAGGCAUCCAGAGCACAGGCAGUCCAAAGGGGUUUGCCCUUUCUGCCUCAGAGAGAGGCUGUCUCAUAUUUCAGCCCCUUCUUCUACAGCCACCACCAAUGCUUCUUCCACCUCUUCAUGCUUUUCUGACUCCAAUCUCUCUUCAUCAGUUUACUCCCCUCCUAACCAAGACACCAAGACCACAUGGCUCUCCCUUCUAAAAGGAAACCCUGGCAAAUCCAAACCACUGAGGAAGAGCCGAUCCUUGGCCUUUGUGAUGAGAGAGAACAGCGAGGAAGACAGAGGGAAGCAGAAAGAAAAGGGGAGGAAGGAGAAAGACAACAACAACAAGAGGAAGAAGAAAGGAAGGUUCUGGUUAAGGCUGAUGAUUGGUUCAGACGGUAGAAAGAAGGAGAUGGACGGAAGCUUGUCGCACUCCAAGACCAUGAAGGAGAAGUCUUCUGCCAAGUGGGUAUUGUUCUAAUCCUCUUUUUGCUUCAACCUGUACAGCGGAAUAAGACAAAGCAUCACCAAAAAGAUUGAUUCUUAGCAUGAGAAGCUAUAGUUGUCAUGGAUAUGAUGUAAAACCCUUUAUCUUUUGAGUAUGAGAAGGUGGGGACCUUCUAUUCAGAAGGUUGAACAACUUGAAUACCAUGUUUAAACUCUUCUUUGUAGCCAGCACAAGUUGACAGGGUUUAAUUUUUGGUGCUGUUGACAAGGUUUGGUUGA